AUGACAGUAUCAUUUUCUCAUCGCACUUAUGCUCGCGAGGAGCAAGCAACGAGCUAUCUUUCUUCCCGAGGAACCCAGGGCUUAGUUAUCAGCGUCGUGUUCACCAGUCUCGGAGCCUUCCUUGUUCUUGCCCGUGUAUAUACUCGAACGAAGCUGAUCAAACGAAUGGAAGCCAACGACUGGAUGAUAGUUAUUGCAAUGAUUCUAUCGUUUGUCUUCAUGUCUUUCUUCAUAGUGGAAUCUCUCAACGGCAUGGGCAUGCACCUAGUCGACAUUCCGAAGCCAAUUCUCUUGGAGCAGAUGAAGGCUUUCUGGAUAAGCAUACCCUUCUACAACGCAGCGCUUCUCUGCGCGAAGGCCUCAAUCCUAAUGCAGUAUUUCCGCGUUUUCCCAUCCAAACGCAUGCGCCAUAUCUGCUGGUUUAUGAUUGGCAUCCUCGCCACAUACGGCACCUGGGCCGUGUUUAGCGGGUUCCUGAACUGCAUUCCUGUGGCUCGAUUCUGGGAUCCCACGGUUCCAGGAUCCUGCAUUAGCUCGAAGGGCCUGUGGUUCUCUAAUGCGUCUAUGCAUAUCGCCACGGAUCUGGCUAUCCUGGUUAUCCCCAUCCCAGCCCUAGCUAAGCUAGAGUUGCCGAGAAAGCAGAAGGUUGCUCUGAUUUCGAUCUUUGCGGUGGGCGGGUUCGUCUGCAUAACAAGCAUCUGCCGCUUGAUAUCUCUGAAGAAAAUCUCCGACUCCUCAGACCCAACCUACGACAACGUGGGCGCAGCAACCUGGUCCGCAGUCGAAUGCAACGUCGGCAUAAUAUGCGCUUGCCUGCCAACCCUACGCCCCUUAAUCUCGCGUAUGAUCCCGCGACUCCUCUCCUCCGACCACAACCCUCGAUCAAGAUCCAGAGCGAAGUCCAAGAGGCUAUCCCGCAGCCUCGCGCAUACACAUGAGAUACAUCCGCCUGCAUACUGGGGUAUUGCGGGCAUGGGAGUGUCAACUACGAUAACGACACAUAUUGAUGAUCUGGAGUAUGGCACAUGCGAGGGGGAUGCGGAUCGGUAUAGACUUUUGGCGAUGAAUUAUGGCGCUGGGGUUGCAGCUGCAGGCGAGAGUGCAAGGGCGCGGGUGUAUGUUGGGGAUGACCGUGAUGAAGAUGAGGGGAGGGACAGCGAGGGCGCUGUGCGGGGCGGCUCAAAGGACGGGGAGGAGCGGGAAGGAGGACGUAUCGGUACAUGUGAGAAUGAGGGUAUUGUCGUUAGGACGCAAGUGAGGACACACUGA